AUGGAUCCUGAAUCUAUGCACUCCACAGAACACUUCUGUGACAAUUACGAACAUAUCAGGUCCCUUUCAGCAGAGACUGAAGGUAUAGUAGAAGUUUUCUCACGCCGCGUUAGUCCCAAGGAGUUAAUCGUAGCUAAGAUCAUCCGGCAGAACAGUUCAACACCCGGAAUAACUCCGCAAGAAGUGGUUUUACUAAGUCGAACAGGCAAAUGCGACCGGAUCGUCAAGCUCCUCGGUCACAUCCCAAGUUUCCCUAAUCCCAGAACAUCCGCAAUAUUACUCGAAUUCUGUCGUCACGAAUCCCUCUACGAUUAUGCAGACUUGGUCCAUGCGAACCGAUUCCAUAUACCAGAAGAGCAGAUCUGGAGGUUAUUCGAGCAGCUAGCAGAAGCUUUAGCGUUUCUCCAUCGUAGCCCCAGUGCAGAAGACCCGGACUGGAGACCAAUUGUCCAUCGAGAUAUCAAACCGGCAAACAUGCUUCUGACCAGCAUACCCGAUGCCCCGGGAAGAAACAUUGACGUGAAACUAGCAGACUUCGGACUCUCAGCUUUCUACGAUCCAAGCGAUUGCUGGUUCGAGGCAGGCACUGCCGAAUAUCAACCACCUGAACAAACUCUAUGGGCUCCAUAUGCGAGACCAGCUGGAGAUGUUUGGGCAGUAGGGUCAAGCAUUCAUCACCUACUACACCGCAAGUUCACGAUUGAGGACCCAGCCGAAUUUGCGUCGAAAUGGAAGCAAGAUUACCCUACAGAAGACGAGAAUAUGCGCGAUCAUCGCUUUUUCGUGCGCGCUGUGCCGCGGCGUGUGUUUCCGAUCAAUAAACCUCUUCCGUGGGGAGGUUACCAGGGCUAUUCCGAUCGCCUGAAUAGCGUCUUCUUAUCUGCUUUAGCUUUCGAUCCGACCGAGAGGCCGCCAGCUGUAGAACUUCUCAGGUACAUCGAGGACAGUUCUCCGUACGCCGCUUCAUAG